AUGGGUGGCUGUACUAGCAAAGCAUUAACUAAUGAUGAGAACGAGAACAUAGUAAACAUCAACGAUAGGAGUAUCGAAUCAACAACGCAUAAUGCUUCUCAUCCUCCCACACAAACACAAACACAAGCACCAACACUCAGCGAACAGUACUCGACCAAUGCCGCCACAUCAAGAACCAAUAUCUCACGAACGACUUCACGUAGCACACUCCGUUCAAUUUUUCGCAGUCAGACCGGUUCGUCUAAUCGUCUCCGGCCUACGUCUUCCGCCCGAUUAUCAAAUCCUCUACCCGUCCCGGCACAAUCGAAUCGCAGGAGUUUCACCGGUUUUAUAACUCGAUAUAGCAGGCGAUGGCAUAAUGUGGCAAAUAGUAAAUAUUUAUUACCCAAUGACGAUGAGGAAAUGGAUAGGCUUCUGACACAGCAUUACAUGUUGAGAUACGUGUGGGGUAAUAACUUUUCGGCUCCUAUCACUGGCAUGUUGACUGGUGGGGGCGGUAGAAUUCUUGAAGUUGGUUGUGGACCAGCAUUCUGGACAUUGGAAAUGGCGACAUCGUUUCCACACUCGUUCUUCACCGGUGUCGAUAUGGUCGCUGUAUACCCAUCAUCAAUAAAGCCUCAAAAUGUAACCUUCACCCAAUCAAAUAUACUCGACGGUCUUCCAUACGAUAACGAAAAGUUCGAUUAUGUAUAUCAGCGAUUUCUCGUAUGCGCAUAUACAGCGUCACAAUGGGAAAACGAGGUUAUCAAUGAACUCGUGCGGGUUUUGAAGAGAGGCGGAUGGGUUGAAGUUGCCGAGUGUGAUGGACGAUAUGAAAGUAUGGGACCGGUGGCCAAACAGUUGAGUGAUGCUGUUGCUACUCUACUCCGGUCUCAUGAAAUGGAUCCGUAUGUAAGUGAAUCUCUUCGAAAUCUUCUCGCCAAAGAUUCUCACUUGACCGACGUAGCUGCACAAGAAAUAUCAAUACCUGUCGGAAGUUGGGGUGGCAAUCCCGGGAAACUGGCACAAGACAAUUUGAUUGCUUUUUAUAAAGCAUUGAAAGCACCGUUAUCUGAUAUGUUGAGAAUACCGCUCGAUAGUUUUGAUGACUUGAUGCAGAGUUUCAGUAGAGAAGCUGACCUGUACAGAACGAAAUGGAUAUCGAGAAGAGUAUACGCAAGAAAAAUAUGA